CGGCUGCGGCGACACCCGUGCAGGCGGCGGCGUCCGGGUCCCGAGAACCCCGGGCGGCUUCCCUCAGAGUGCUCCGGCGCGCCCGGCUCGCUCUGAGCGUGCGCCCUCGCUCCCCAGCGGAUCCGGAGCCGCUCCGCCGCCAGCUGCGCUCAGCCCCGCCUCCGUCGCCAGAGACCCGCGCCGAAGCCAGGCCCUGCCGGGCCUCCGACUGGCCCCCGGCGCCGUGCGCGGACUCGCCCGCGGCGACAGCCAUCGACCCGAGAACUCGGAGGCUGGGUCCUUCCGAGGGUCGGCCUGUGCUCGCCACCGUCACCUGCUGGCUGGACUCCGGAAACCCGCUGUCUGAAGACCGCAGAAGAGACUUGCUGACCCACCGCCCUGCAUCGAAUGCGUCUGGGCCGAAAGCUCCCUUCCCUCUCUGGCUUCUGUUCUUUUCGGCCGGCCGUGUCUGUGCCCGGAAACCAUCCCCCACUACCAACGUAGCUGGGGUGAGCCCUAAAUCUUCCUGCCUUGUGUUCCGACCUGUGCAUCCAACCCCGAGAGAGUCUGAACGAACCUUAGGACCCAGUUCUGCCCACGCCCGCGGAGUUUGCGUUUUCUUCUCUGUCGGUGUCUCCUGUACUCCCCAAAAUUUCGCCUCCUCCUGUGCCCUCUUCGCCCCCCUCUUUUGGGGGCCCUGUGACCCUGAAUGUGGGGGGCACGCUCUAUUCCACCACUUUGGAGACCCUGACUCGCUUCCCAGACUCCAUGCUGGGGGCCAUGUUUAGGGCGGGCACCCCCAUCCCCCCCAACCUCAACCCCCAGGGAGGUGGCCACUACUUCAUCGACAGAGAUGGCAAGGCCUUCCGGCACAUCCUCAAUUUCCUGCGGCUGGGCCGCCUGGACCUGCCCCGUGGCUAUGGGGAGACGGCCCUGCUCAGGGCAGAGGCGGACUUCUACCAGAUCCAGCCCCUCCUGGACGCCCUGCGGGAACUGGAGGCCUCUCGGGGGACCCCCGUGCCCACAGCUGCCCUGCUCCAUGCAGAUGUAGACGCCAGCCCCCGCCUGGUGCACUUCUCCGCUCGCCGGGGCCCACACCACUAUGAGCUGAGCUCUGUGCAGGUGGAUACGUUCCGAGCCAACAUCUUCUGCACCGACCCCGAGUGCCUGGGCGCCAUGCGGGCCCGAUUUGGUGUGGCCAGUGAGGACAGGGCAGAGGGAGGCCCUCACUUUCGUCUGGAGUGGGCCCCCUGUCCCGCAGAGCUCCCUGAGGUGGAGUAUAGGAGACUGGGGCUACAGCCUCUGUGGACUGGGGGGCCGGGGGAGCUGCGGGAGGUGGUGGGCACGCCGGGCUUCCUGGAGGAGGUGCUGCGGGUGGCUCUGGAGCACGGCUUCCGCCUAGACUCCGUCUUCCCUGACCCCGAGGACCUGCUCAACUCCCGAUCUCUGCGCUUUGUGAGGCACUGAAAACGCGGCCCUCCCGUCUGCCUGGGAGGGGGAGAGAACGGACAGCAAAGAGAAUGAGGGACUCCCCCCACCACCA